ACUGAAUGUGAUUGGCUAGAAGGAACAAUUCUGAAUGGUGGCUGAUUUAGCCCGAUCAGUUUACAAUGUGCUUUUUGUGUAGUUACGACUUAAAAAACUAAAUAGUUAUUUAAAUGUUUUUCUUCUAAAAUGGCUACCUUAGUUUUGGAUAAUGGCGCGUACACGGCGAAGAUCGGUUACAGUCUGGAGAAAGUCAGCGUGAUUCCCAACUGUCAGUUUCGCUCAAAGAAUUCCCGGCUAAAAACGUUCACGGCGAAUCAGCUGGAUGAGAUCAAAGAUCCGUCGGGUCUCUUUUACAUCCUCCCCUUUCAGAAGGGUUACCUGGUCAACUGGGAUGUUCAGAGGAAGGUGUGGGAUCACCUUUUUGGAAAGGAGAUGUUUAAGGUUGACUUUGCAGACACCAGCAUCAUCAUCACAGAGCCAUACUUCAACUUCACCUCCAUCCAGGAGUCCAUGAAUGAGAUCCUCUUUGAAGAAUACCAGUUUCAGUCUGCUCUUCGAAUCAAUGGUGGCUCUCUGAGCGCUCAUCACUGCUUCCACUCCAAACCGUCUGAGCUCUGCUGCCUGGUGGUGGACUCUGGGUUCUCCUUCACACACAUCGCCCCCUACUGCCGCAGCAAGAAACUGAAUCAUGGCAUCCGCAGAAUCAAUGUUGGGGGAAAACUGCUCACCAAUCACUUAAAAGAAAUCAUCUCCUAUCGCCAGCUGCACGUGAUGGAUGAAACUCAUGUGAUCAACCAGGUGAAGGAGGACGUCUGCUACGUCUCACAGCAGUUUUACAAAGACAUGGAGAUCGCGCAACUGAGAGGUGAGGACAACGAUUUGAUGAGAGACUAUGUUCUUCCUGACUUCAGCGCCAUCAAAAAAGGCUUUUGCAAGCCACGUGAGGAGAUGGUCUUCAGCGGGAAGUAUAAGACAGGCGAGCAGAUCCUGAGGUUGGUCAACGAGCGAUUUGCUGUUCCUGAGACGCUUUUCCACCCGUCAGACAUCGGCAUCCAGGAGAUGGGGAUCCCAGAGGCCAUCGUAGACUCGGUCCAGUCCCUUCCAGAAGAGAUGCAGCCUCACUUGUACCAGAACAUUGUUCUGACUGGAGGAAACAUGCUGUUCCCGGGCUUCAGAGAGCGUCUGGAGGCGGAGCUACGGUCACUUGUCCCCGCCCACCUCCCAGUAUCAGUGCUUCUACCUCCAAAUCCAGUCUGCCACGCGUGGGAAGGAGGGAAGCUACUGGCUCACAGUCCGGACUUUGAUGAAAUGGUGGUGACGCGGGAGGAAUACGAGGAGAAUGGACACUGUGUUUGUGAAGACAAGUUUGACAUCUGAGGAAACGACACGCAGAUGCAGUGUCGAACUGUUUUCCCCGUUCACAUGAAUCCACUGAAUGGGGAACGGGUCAGAAAAGGCGUUUUCUUUGAGCAGCUUCAUGUUCCUGCAGGUCCAGUCGAACGUCUCUGAAGGUGUAAAGGUUCAGUGUUAAAUCAUUCCUAAUGUGAGACGAUCCACUUCUUUUGAUUUUUGUCAAAAAAAAAAAGGAUGAACUUUUU